UCUGCUGGACAUCUAUGAUGUUGCCACACUUGACAACAUUCCAGCGGACAGAGAAUAUGGACGUCGUACCACGCUCGAGCGUACCUAAGACUGCGGCGGUUGUCAAGAUGUCCCACCAGAGUCUGGGGCCAUCUCAGUCUUAGGUAUGCUCCCGCCUGAGGAAGCCCCAUUCGCCCCAGACGAACAUGCACCCGAGACCGUUGACAUGGAUCUUUGCCGACGUGAGAGAGGCGCGGCGCCUAAAUCGUUAGCGCACGUCGUAGAGACAGCACGAAUGCUUGCUCCUCUUCAUCCAACCGUAGACAAUAAUAAACUUCAGGCUUCGGGCACUGCAGAUUCGGCCCCCAACUUGCACGUCUUGCCAGCAGGUACGAGUGCCUGGCCUCGAUCUUCAGUCACCCAUCAGAGUCAUCACUCAUGUGAGACGUCUUUCUAUGUUGACACGCAUAAUUUCAGCUUUGGACCGCAAACAGUGCUCUGGUUCGUCCAUGACAGCACCAUUAAUUGCGCCCCUACGUCUCAAGCCAGUUUCAACCAGACUCGAGUCGAUGCCCGAGGAAGUUCCCAGACGAGGCUGGCAUCAAGUGACCACUACCACGUACAAGCAGUUCAUUUUUUCGCGCCGCAUUGCCAGCGGUCCCUUGGAGAAAGACGUCUUCAGAUGCUGUGCUACUCGUACUCGGAGCCGAAGAAGCACGUGUCAACUCGGGUGCCCUUGGCGUCCCAUCCCGAUGCUCGACGCUGAUUGCAUGGAGACACACUUCACCUCCAUAUCCUCCUUCCGUUAUCCAUGAUGGAAGA